CACCAGCCAGCUAACCCACCCAGAACCAACCAAACUCCGACCACACGGAAAAACCCAACCUUUGCUUCCCCUUCCUUCCAAUCCACCAGAUCGACGAUUCGCGAUGCUCCCCCGUGCACCACUCCGGCCAUGAGCCUCGCGCUCCAUGGCGCCGCCCCGUGCUCGCGCUCUCCUCCUGCCGCUGGCGGCGGCCACCGUCCUAGUCGCCUCCACGAUCUUCCUCUUCGCCGCCGCCGGCGCCAGCCGCUGGCGCCCAGCAGACACCGGCCUCCCCGUCCCGGCAACCCCCGCCGACUUCUCGGCCAUCCCUGUCCGUGUGCGUGUAACAUCCGCUGCUAAGGGUCAAGAGCUCUCCUUUCUUGACGAGAAUGGCCGCCCCGACGACCCCGGCUCCGGCUCGGCGGCUGCUGCUGGACCUGGGAGAUGCGACCCCCGCAACGCCGCUGUCAGGGUGUUCGUUUACGACAUGCCGCUGGAGUUCCACUUCGGGCUGCUCGGCUGGGCGCCACCCCCCGGGGACGGCGGCGGCGUCUGGCCUGACGUUAGGGGCGGCGCAGUCCCGCGCUACCCCGGUGGGCUCAACCAGCAGCACAGCGUGGAGUACUGGCUCACGCUGGACCUCCUGGCAUCCUCGUCAGGGGCACCGUGUGGUCCGGCGGUGAGGGUUGCCGACUCUCGUGAUGCGGACGUGAUCUUCGUCCCCUUCUUCGCAUCACUCAGCUACAACCGCCACUCCAAGGCCGUGCCGCCAGAGAAGGUAAGCAGAGACAUGUACCUACAGGAGAAGCUCGUCAGGUUUCUGGUGGCGCAGCCGGAAUGGAAGAGGUCCGGGGGUACCGACCAUGUCGUCGUCGCGCACCACCCCAACAGCUUGCUCCACGCCCGGUCGGCGCUGUUCCCAGCAGUGUUCGUGCUGUCUGACUUUGGGAGGUACCACCCCAGGGUUGCCAGCUUGGAGAAGGAUCUCAUUGCGCCCUAUCGACAUAUGGCGAAGACAUUUGUGAAUGACACGGCCGGGUUUGAUGAUCGGCCAACAUUGUUAUACUUCCGGGGAGCCAUUUACAGGAAGGAGGGAGGAAACAUUCGGCAGGAACUAUAUAAUAUGCUCAAAGACGAGAAGGAUGUUUUCUUUUCCUUUGGAAGUGUCCAGGACCAUGGUGUCAGCAAAGCCAGCCAGGGAAUGCACUCAUCAAAGUUUUGCCUAAACAUUGCUGGGGAUACCCCUUCUUCCAAUCGUCUCUUUGACGCCAUAGUAAGCCACUGUGUCCCUGUUAUCAUAAGCGACGACAUUGAGCUCCCUUACGAGGAUAUCCUAGAUUAUUCAAAGUUCUCCAUCUUUGUUCGUUCGUCUGAUGCUAUUAAAAAGGGUUACUUGAUGAGACUAAUUAAAGGCAUAAACAAGCAUCGAUGGACAAGGAUGUGGAAGAGGCUCAAAGAAGUGGAUAAACAUUUUGAGUACCAGUUCCCAUCUCAUAAGGAUGAUGCGGUCCAGAUGAUCUGGCAAGCAUUGGCUAGGAAGGUGCCUUCGAUCCGACUGAAGGCACAUAGGUAUAGAAGAUCUUCAAGAUCUGAAAGAGGAAGCAAAUAGACAGGAGGGAGGUGUAUGUAUUUGAUGAUGUGCUCCAGAUGAUAGGGCAAGCAGUGGCUAGUGAAGGUGCCUUCGAUUGGGAUGAAGGCACAUAUGUUUAGAGGAUUUUCAGUAUCUGAAAGAGGAAUCAAAUAAACAGGAAAAGGCGUGUAUGUAUCUUGCUUCUAGGCUAAAUCUAACAUAGCAUUCACUAACCCUGGCACAUCAGUUGCAUUUUCCCUUUGAGGAACAUUGUAAAUUAGAAAGGUUGAGUGUUGGUUAUACCUUGCAGCAAGAGCAGAUAGCUCAAACUUUAUCUGUCCAGUUGAAUGUAUGUUAGCAAGCCAA